AUGUUUACCGGUCAAGUCAUGGGGAGCCUUCCAAACUGUGAUCAUAAUAAGCAUGAUGAAGUAGAAGAUGAUGAUAGACUCUUCAGGGAUGGAAGACGUAGAAUUGACUUUAUACUAGCCUGGAGUAAUGAACUUGGUAAGAAGCGGCAACAAACUUUCAAGUCUCGGGCCGUUUUUGAAACCAACCUUAUUGAAGAGGGUCUGCAGUUGGAGUAUACAGUUACAAAGAACCGCAUCAGUUAUGUGAAGAUCCAUGCACCUUAUAAAGUACUGAAGCGAUACGCAGACAUUCUGAAACUUCGGCUGCCCAUCAAAGCAGUAAAUCAUUUAUGCUUAAUCCGACAUGCUGCGGAUUCAUACCUAAUACCUUUAGAUUGGUAUUUAAUUCAAAAUAAGAAAGGCCCCAAAGACAUGUUGGUCAAGCUGAAGCAUAAACUGCUGAAACCUUUCCAGUACAACAAGAAGAAGCUGCCAUCCAUUACUCGCUCAUACACCUGCCCAUAUUCCUCCAACAAGGAGUAUUUAUUUGAUAUCCCGGAGAAACCAGAACAUUUAUUCAACAGUGCUACCAGAAGCUGGAUUGUAGACUACAUCCUCAGGCGGAAGUAUUUUGCUGACACAACAGAAAACAGUUUUGCUUGCGGCAUCAACAAGAUGGUAUCAGACAAAAUAUACACAGCAGCUUAUCCACUGCAUGAGGGAGACUGGCAGGGCCCCGAUGAGAACCCACGGAAGAUUCUGUUUGACUGUUGGGCCAGCUGGAGAAACUGUUUCAAACUGCAGCCAAUCGACCACAUCAGAGUGUACUUUGGUGAAACAAUAGCUCUGUACUUUGCCUGGCUGGGCUUCUACACAAGCAUGCUCAUCCCCGCCACUGUUGUUGGCUUUGCAGUGUUUGUGUUCAGCCUGUAUUCCAUGGCCACAGAUUCAACCAGCAAAGAACUGUGUAAUCCAGCGUAUAACAUCACAAUGUGUCCCUUGUGUGAUGGUCGGUGCGGCUACUGGAAACUCAGCUCUGCCUGUCUGCGUGCAAACAUUAGCAGGAUAUUUGACAAUGGGAGCACUGUGUUUUUUGCUGUCUUCAUGUCUCUGUGGGGCACUUUUUUCCUGGAGUUUUGGAAGAGGGAGCAAGCCACAAUUCAGUACAAGUGGGACCUGACAUCUUUUGUAGAAGAAGAGCAACCUCCAAGACCUGAAUACUUGUCCAGGCUGGAGAACUGUGACACCAUGAGAGUCAACCCAGUUACUGGAAUGACAGAGCCAUAUCUGCCAUUCUGGAGAAUGCGCUUCCCCAGAUACUUCACAUCCUACUCCAUUAUGUUGCUGAUGACGGUAUUUGCCCUGUCAGUGUUUGUGGCGGUGAUUGCCUACAAGGUAGUUUUGUUUACGACCCUUAGUUUGCUCACCGAUUCUGUCACCAGUGUCUCAUCCGUGCAACUCUUCAAAGACAAUGCCAGUUUGUUGACAACUGUCAUGACUGCUGUUGUUAAUUUGAUCGUCAUCCUCAUACUUAAUUUUUUCUAUGGCUAUCUGGCAUUCUGGCUGACAGACUGGGAGUAUCUUCGGACACAGAGUGAAUACGACAACAGCAUCACACUGAAGUUGUUUGUUUUUCAGUUCAUCAACUGCUUCUCGUCCAUUUACUAUAUUGCUUUCUUCAAGGGGCAGUUUAUUGGCAGACCUGGAAGGUACAGAACUAUUUUUGGUAAUAGGCUUGAAGAGUGUGACCCCGCCGGAUGCCUGAUUGAGCUCUGCAUCCAGCUAGCCAUCAUCAUGGUGGGCAGACAGUUGAUACAGAACAACCUGCAGGAAACUGUCCUACCAAAGAUGAUUAAGUUCAUCAAGAUGAAGAUGCGAAGACAGACCCAGGAGCAGAAACUGGCAGCCGAACCCUGGGAGAAGGACUAUCUCCUGGAGCCAGCACGAGAAAUGUCCCUGUUCUAUGAAUACUUAGAAAUGGUGAUGCAGUUUGGUUUCCUGACAAUUUUCUGCGCUGCUUUUCCCUUGGGACCUGUGUUUGCUUUAAUGAACAAUAUCGUAGAGAUUAGGGUGGAUGCCAACAAGUUUGUCACACAGCUGCAACGGCCUGUCGCUGUCAAGUCAGCCAGCAUAGGUGUGUGGUACAGCGUGCUGUACGCUAUAUCCAGAAUCGCAAUCAUUACCAAU